GAAACUAAUGCCAUUUUGGCUCAACAUGACCCGCAUUGAUUGGGAUUCAUAACACUGAACUGCGUAGAGCCAAGAUGGCCACACUAGACAUCAGUUUCGUAACCGCUAAGCUAAAUCUCGGGGAGUGGGUUUUGUGCGCCUUCACCGAACUGUUCAAUAGCUGGAGGCUGGAGGAACAGGAGUUCUAAGAAGAUAGAGGAAUCAAGGGGAAAAUAAACCGAAGGCGAAUCGUUGCUGAUAAGCUAGCAACCGUACGGUUUCGUGGCUAUCAUAAAUAUGCUGGAUACAAGCUAAAAAGGCAACAGAGGUUUCUUAGCGCACGGGUGCGUGAAGAUGAGGGUUCCUCAGGAAUGGGUGCCAGGUGUGUAUCUAACGGGAAGGAAUGACUGCCUGGUGACUGGCCUCAGUGUGUUCCACUGAUACUGCUGAAGAGGAUCUGGGUGCAGGCUUGUGUCAUCAACUGGGGGAGGAGGAGAAUCGGGUUAGACUCACAGGAAUGCACAGUCAAGCAUAUCCAUACAGCAUUCAGCAGGGUGGAGCUUCCUGACCCAUGGAGAAUUACUUCCAGGCAGAAGCCUUUAACCUCGACAAGGUGCUGGACGAGUUUGAACAGAACGAAGAUGAGACAGACACUUCGACUCUUUCUGAUGCUAAGUGGACCCAGAUUUUGGCUCCGUCCACCCACCUGUUGUCCCUGAACCCUGCCAUCGGGAAUGCCGAUGAGGACUUGUGCCCCCGGGACCCCCGUCCAUUGAGAAUCAAGCCCCUUGACGAGAGCCCGUAUGGGACCAGGGCAAACCUGUCCAAUGGCGAUGAGCGGGAGCCUUCCCCGGAGCCAGAGGCCUGGGUCGACACCAGGUCCCUCUCUCCCCAGCCCAACAUUGGCAAGCUAGUGAGCAGCAAGGGUGAGGUUCCAGCAGCCCCAUCCCCCAGAGCAGUCCUGAGGACAGACUCCGGGAAUCUUGCACCGGCCUUGGAGAACGGCUGUCCAGAUGUCAACGGUUGCUCCGACGACCUGGACGGUGUCAAAGGUUGCUCUGAAGACCUUCCUCCCAUCAACCAAACAAAGAUCUCACAGCCCCACAACGAUGCUCUUGAAGAGCAUACGGAAAUGGAGGGCAACUAUUUUAAAGAAUGUCAUUUUUCCGUUGAAAAGGAGAAGAGGAAUUUGGUUACGCUUGGAGUUGAAGACCUCACUUUGAACGAGAUGCAGAAGUUGCAGGAUUACAACAGCAUCAUCGGGUCACCAAAGGGACAGCAUGACCUGGAUGUACGAAAGAAGCCUUGGGCCAGAGUGGGAGAUGUCACAGCAUCUGUGGGCGUUGAAGGUCACAGCGAAGGGAUGGAGUCAGAUGCCACAAGUCAGCCAGAAAAGAUCCUGAAUGGAGGGAUUGUGGAACUGAGUGACAGUGAGGAAACCUGCGUGCAUGUUAAAGAUAUUUCAACACAGGAGACAUUGACCAUCAUGGAGGCAGGAGAGAAGGAGGAGAGUGAUGGCACUGUUUCAAGUGUCUCACCAGAGGAAGAAAAGCAAACUGAGGCAACUUUUCAGGGAGAUUUCCACUUUCCGGCCCGCUCCCCCGAAGGCUUGGACAUAGAGGACUCUGGUUUCUUGGCUGACGACACAUCCUCUCAGGCUCCCCUCUCAAAGGAGGACUCUGUGACAGAGGAGAAGGAGGUGGAGGAGAGCAAGCUGGAGUAUUUUGACCAAACCCGUGGCUUAGAGGUGGGGGGAACGGGAUUGGGUGCAAGGUCCCUGAACUUUGAUGGCGGGCAACUCCAGACCGCCAGCGUGUCAUACGGAGGGGCGCGGCCCAAGCAGCCCGUCAGCACUAAGCUGCAGGGCACCCGACUGCUUUCGGGCCAGGCCUUGAGUGAGCCGGGCCCACACAGCAAGAACAAGAACCUGGAGCCGCAGUUACAGCCUGGAGCCGACCCGUCCUCCGGCGAUGGAUACCAGGAGGACUCGGGUCUGACCCGGGUGAACGGAGAGAAUGGAGCAGGGUUUCAUUUAGGAGGGGACUUGAUGCCAUCUCUGCUGCUGCCCCCCGAAAGCCCAGAUAAUGAUGUCCAAGCUGGGCACCUUGGGUUACUCUCCAAAAAGCCAUUCAGUGCUCUGGGAGAAGUGGCCCCUGUGUGGGUCCCUGACUCCCAGGCACCCAUCUGCAUGAAGUGUGAGGCCAAGUUCACCUUCACCAAGCGGAGACAUCACUGUCGAGCCUGCGGGAAGGUGUUCUGCGCGGCCUGCUGCAGUCUGAGGUGUCGGCUCAUGUACAUGGACAGGAAAGAGGCUCGCGUCUGCGUCACCUGUCACUCUGUGCUGAUGAACACGUGGGAGAGCUCGACCGGUGCCUCUAACCAGAGCCCAAACCCCAACAACCCGUCCGAGUACUGCUCCACCAUCCCGCCCCUUCAGCAGGCCCAGGCCUCGGGAGCGCUCAGCUCGCCCCCGCCCACCGUCAUGGUGCCUGUCGGCGUCCUCAAGCACCCAGGCGCUGAAGGAACCCUUUCCCGGGAGCAAAGGAGAGUGUGGUUCGCUGACGGGAUCUUGCCCAACGGGGAAGUUGCGGACUCCGCCAGCGUCCCUGUGCCCUCAGGCUCCCUGACCGUGUCGCUCGACUGCGACAAGCCCGCAGCAACCGACGUUCCAGGGGCUGUCUCCGUCCCCCCCGCCCCGGGUUCGGGAGGACCGGCGGGCAGCCCCGUGGGCAGCUCCGUCAACCUGAUCCCCGAGGACGGGCUCCCUCCCAUCCUCAUCUCCACCGGCGUCAAAGGAGGUACGGGGAGCCAGCUCACAGACUACGCGGUGGAGGAGCGGCCCUCUGAGAUACUGCUGAUGCAGCAGCUGGAGGAGGGCGGUCCGGACCCCCUGGUGUUCGUGCUCAACGCCAACCUGCUGGCCAUGGUCAAGCUGGUUAACUACGUGAACAGGAAGUGCUGGUGCGUGACCACCAAGGGCAUGCACGCCGUGGGCCAGGCCGAGGUGGUGGUGCUGCUGCAGUGCCUGCCCGACGAGAAGAGCGUCCCCAAGGACGUCUUCAGCCACUUCGUGCAGCUCUACCAGGAGGCCCUCGCAGGGAAUGUGGUGAGCAACCUGGGCCACUCCUUCUUCACCCAGAGCUUCUUAGGCAGCAAGGAGCACGGAGGCUUCCUCUACAUCAGCCCCACCUUCCAGUCCCUGCAGGACCUGCUGCUGCCCAACCCGCCCUACCUCUUCGGCAUCCUCAUCCAAAAGUGGGAGACCCCCUGGGCCAAGGUCUUCCCCCUCCGCCUCUUGCUUCGGCUGGGAGCCGAGUACAGAUUCUACCCCUGCCCCCUGUUCAGCGUGCGCUUCAGGAAGCCGCUGUUCGGAGAGACCGGCCACACCAUCAUGAACCUCCUGGCGGAUUUCCGUAAUUACCAGUACACUUUGCCGGUGGUGACGGGCCUUGUGGUAGACAUGGAGGUUCGGAGGACCUGCAUCAAGAUACCAAGCAACCGAUAUAAUGAGCUGAUAAAGGCCAUGAACAAGUCCAACGAGCACGUGCUGGCCAUGGGGGCGUGCUUCAACGAGCGUGCCGACUCCCACCUCGUCUGCGUGCAGAACGACGACGGAAACUACCAGACGCAGGCCAUCAGCAUCCACAACCAGCCCCGCAAAGUUACAGGCGCCUGCUUCUUUGUGUUUAGUGGAGCCUUGAAGGCAUCAUCUGGAUACCUGGCCAAGUCCAGCAUCGUGGAAGACGGCGUGAUGGUGCAGAUCACCGCUGAGAUGAUGGAGGCCUUGCGGCAGGCCCUUCGGGAGAUGAAGGACUUCGACAUCCCCUGCGGGAAGGCCGACCAGGAGGAGUGCCAGGAGCACAUCCACAUACAGUGGCAGGAGGAUGAAUCCAACUUCAACAAGGGGGUCAUCAGCCCCAUCGAUGGGAAGUCCAUGGAGUCCAUAACCAGUAUCAAAAUCUUCCAUGGGUCUGAGUACAGGGCCAGCGGGAAGGUCAUUCGCUGGACAGAGGUGUUCUUCUUGCAAAGCGAGGACCAGCCCAAUGGCCUGAGCGACCCUGCUGACCACAGCCGUCUGACGGAGAAUGUAGCACGAGCUUUCUGUGUAGCACUGUGCCCUCACCUCAAGUUGUUGAAAGAAGACGGCAUGGCCAAGCUGGGGCUACGUGUCACGCUGGACUCCGACCAGGUGGGGUACUUAGCAGGGAGUAAUGGACAGCCCCUGCUCCCUCAGUACAUGAAGGACCUGGACAGUGCCCUGGUGCCAGUAAUCCACGGUGGAGCCUGUCAGCUGAGCGAGGGACCCGUGGUCAUGGAGCUUGUCUUCUACAUCCUGGAAAACAUCUCAUAGAUAGAAAAGGACAGUCUCUUCCACCUGUCUCCUCAAGGAGGUCAGCGCUGUUCACCCCGUCUCCUAAAAGUGGGCCAUCAUCCAGUCAUCUCCUGAAGGAGGAAACUGUCCGUGACCCUUUCCUCUUUACCCGUCCCUUCCUCAUCCCACCAGCCCAAACAUCUGCAAUUCCAAGAGCCUGAAAGCUGUGCUGAGAACGUGCUCCUCCGGUCCGAUCUUCUAUGCACCAUAUCCAACAACUUUCCAGGCCUGGGCAGCCAACGGACUCCGUCAUCAUCACGGGCUUCCACGCUGCAGCAGCGUCCCUUCCCAUAAUGCCGCUGUGGGACAGGAGCGGGCGCGGCGUGCUCUCGGCAAGGGCGGGGCCUGCCGCGCCGGAGACCUCUCUGUAGCACCCACGCGCCGGCCGGACUCCCCCAAACCCGCGACCGUGAGACCUCCGUGCCGGCCGGGGGCCUUCGAGAGCCAAGAGUCGUUCUGCCACAACUGGGGGGACUGCUUCCAGUUCAGAGGGAGGGGCUAAUCGUGGACGUGGGGUGGGGGGAGGAGGGGACGGUCGAGCGAUUCGCACGCUUGUGCUCAGUGCCUGGGCUGGGAUUCCUAAAGAAGCGCGGUUCUUCUGGCCUCCAGUCUCACCUCGUAGCUUUAUUAAACGAUCACUCAACGCUUUACUCCGUGCAAGAAGAGAGCGCAGCCGCUCCGGCGGACAUCUUGCGCUGAGCCAGUCAAGACGCGAGCAGUACGAUGUACAUCAGGACAGAGGGUACGAUUACAAGGACCUCCUCUGUGUGGAAAGUCACCAGCCAGUGGAUCCUGUUGCGAUGGUGAAGAUACCGGUCAGUUGUGUCUUAACUGCUGCUUCAGGUGUUUUUUUUAUAUUAUUUAUUUUGAGCAGAUGAUGGUUUAUCGCUUUACUUUUGGAAAGCUCUGGUCCGGAAUGUGUGGACAGGUCCCUUUGGGCCGAACGGCGAUGGAGCUCUUAGAAACUGCGACCCACUUUGAAGAGACAGAAGUGACGCUUCAUUCACACGUAUCAGUUCAGAGCAGACGUCGAUCCAGCAGCCUUUUAAUCACCCGGACGAGUCGGCAGGUCCUAGUGCCAGGUUGAUCAGUGCGUUCUCAUAAGGAUCAUUGGAUGUGUGCAGCAACUGCUCUAAACUGAUGAUUGUGAGGAAGUGCACUGUGCUGCAUGUAGAGCGGGUUGGUUAGCAUGACCCCUAACAGGAUGUGGUAAAGCAGCAGGACUGCCCCUCCCAGGGUGCCCCUCCCCCCCUCCACGUUAAGUGGUCUUCCUCUGGGUGCAUCAGCCUCUAGACUCAUUUUAUAACUUAGCUUUUCAUUUCAUUUUACACAAGAGCAGUAUUGAAAAUACGCUGUCAACCAGGGAACUGGUUUUAGCACUUACGCUUCAACUGAAACGAUGAAUCAAAUUUAAAAUGGAGGUACUGACAAUGCAUUGAAAUGCAUGGAUCCUGAGCCACAACAUGUGGAGGGAAGAAGGAGGUGAUUAAGUGAGUUGGUGUGACCAAUGCGCAGCAUAGAGUUGUUUUCGGGGGGGUUAAUUACUAGGGUCUCCCUCCCAGGCAAAAAGGGGUGCACCCUCAGAAGCCUGGUGAGAAUAGACAUCAGCAAGGAAGCUGUCUUUCAGACAACCUCUUCCAAACACCAAAAUAUCACUUAUGUCUUUAGUUAUUUAACUGGAUCUUUUUGUGCUCAUAAAACCAGUUGUGAUUUAACAGACAACCCUGUUUCAAAAACAAGUGCUGGCAGUAUCCAGGGCACAGAAUUUGCCAGCAUGUACAGUGAGAGCGUACUUGAGUGCUGAGGACUUGAGUGCCCUGGAUACUGCCAGCACUCCGGAAUGCAUCAACAUAAACAGCUAAGCUAUUUGCUAUAGAGGGUAUGCACAUGACGUCACAGUAAGUGGAAGUGAGUGGCAGCGUUAGCGUUCAGCUUGAAUGCCGC